CCUAGGAAGGAAGAAAGUUUGCUGAUUACUUUUUUUUUGACGCGAUUAAAAACGAAGGGAACACUUCAAUUUUCCACACGCUGUUAUUUGCAAUCAAAUAUAUUCUCAAAAAAAAGCAUUAAAAUUGUAAUUUUUCUACAAAUUAAUCAAUAAAAACUACAACCAAAUAUAUCUACUAAGCACUUAGCAUAAAAUUAAAUAGAAAAAAAAAAACAAUCAAAAUAUGGGUUCCCACGAAAGAGAAUCGCGAUCUUCGCCCCGUUCUGACGAACCAGUACAUGAUGGUGCUUCGCCGACGAAGAAAUCUCGCUCGGAUUCAGGCAAAUCGGAACCGAAAGUACCUUUCAUAUCUCAACCUAUCUAUGAUUUAAAGCAAACUGGAGAUGUUAAAUUUGGUCCUGGUACGCGAUCAGCAUUGCUGGGUUUAUUGGGUGGUGCUUUGCCUAAAUUGUCAUCGGAACAGCAUGAUACCGUGACCAAGGCGAAGAAAUAUGCCAUGGAACAGAGCAUUAAGAUGGUGCUUAUGAAGCAAACAUUGGCUCAUCAACAACAACAAUUGGCAAGUCAAAGGACCCAAGUUCAAAGGCAACAAGCUUUGGCGCUGAUGUGCAGAGUCUAUGUUGGUAGCAUAUCAUUUGAAUUAAAAGAAGAUACUAUUCGUGGUGCUUUUCUUCCAUUUGGUCCAAUUAAAUCGAUAAACAUGUCAUGGGAUCCAAUUACACAAAAGCACAAAGGAUUCGCAUUUGUCGAAUAUGAAAUACCCGAGGGCGCACAAUUGGCAUUGGAACAAAUGAACGGAGCUCUUAUGGGAGGGCGUAAUAUAAAAGUUGGUCGUCCUAGUAAUAUGCCACAAGCACAACAAGUUAUCGAUGAGAUUCAAGAAGAGGCAAAAAGUUACAAUCGCAUCUAUGUGGCUUCCAUACAUCCAGAUCUGUCCGAAGAAGAUAUCAAGAGUGUUUUUGAAGCUUUCGGUCCGAUAUUGUAUUGUAAGUUGGCACAAGGAACAUCAUUGCACUCCCACAAGGGCUACGGUUUUAUUGAAUAUGCUAAUAAACAAGCCAUGGAUGAAGCCAUUGCCAGUAUGAACCUCUUUGAUCUUGGUGGACAAUUGUUAAGAGUUGGACGUUCAAUCACACCACCAAAUGCACUGAUGGGACCUUCAACAAACUCAACAAUGCCCACAGCUGCAGCUGUAGCUGCUGCUGCUGCAACUGCAAAAAUUCAAGCACUUGAUGCCGUUGCAAGCAACGCCGUUAUGGGUCUUUCGACAACUCCAACACUCUCUGCAAUUCCACCCUUGGCAGCAGUCGUGCCAAAGGUUGCUGCUCUUCCAUUACCUACAGCUGCUGCUUUACCGCCACCUGGUAUUGCAGUACCUGCUACAACAGGCUUUCAAGCGGCCGUAUUCCAAGCUCCAGCGGCCGUCGCACCUGCUGCGCUGCCACCGCCUGGUAUUAUAACAAUGGCAACAGCAGUACCCACAAUAGCCACACCUGCGGCGUUAAUUCCAGCAGCUGUAGCUGUAAAUAAUUCCGAACAAAUCAAAAAAGCCCAUGAAAAGCAACAAGAAGAACUUCAAAAGAAACUCAUGGAAGAAGGUGAAACACAAACUCUGCAACAGCAAGAGAACAUGUCUAUCAAAGGUCAAAGUGCAAGGCAAUUGGUAAUGCAACGCCUAAUGCGACCACAAGAAUCCAGAGUUAUUAUCCUGCGCAACAUGGUCGGUCCAGAGGACGUUGACGAAAGCCUUCAAGAAGAAAUUCAAGAAGAAUGCGCUAAAUUUGGUGUUGUUAGUCGAGUCAUAAUCUACAAAGAGAAACAAACAGAAAACGAAGAUGACGACGAUGCUGAAAUAAUUGUGAAAAUCUUUGUCGAAUUCUCCACAUCCACGGAAGCGAUACGAGGUCGUGAUGUUUUACACGGUCGCUUUUUUGCAGGUCGACGAGUUGUUGCACAACUAUACGAUCAAGCGUUAUUUGAUCAUGGUGAUCUCUCUGGAUAAGAUAACUAUUAGCACGUCCAUGUUCUUGUAUUUUAUAAAAAGUAUCUAUUUUAAACAUACAUUUAUUAUUUAAUUGUGCAGCGUCGAAAGUCCACCCAAAAAAAAUUGUUUUAUUCUUCUUCUCACUGUUAAAAUUUCCUUGAUAAAUAUUUUUAAGCUGAUCUCCUUGUCCACUAUCAAUUAUAUUAAUUUGGAAAUAUGUAUUUAAUAAAAUAUAUCUGUUCUUAGUAGUUCCCAAAUCAAAAAAAACAAAAAAAAAAAUCAAAUGAAAUUAUGCAAAUUAUA